UUAACCUAAAAGGAAGAGCGCCAUUUUCCCCCAUUCUCUCUCCCCAUACGAACCCGGACGAUUCCCCUUCUCUCAGAAAACGGCGGAUUCCCAAAGCCAUAGCCUUCCGCAUUUUCUACACACAUAAAAGCAUCUGAAAACAAAUUUGAAAUUCAAAAUUCCUGAAAUUUUCAGCUUCAAAAUUGAAAAAAAGAAGAGAAGAAGUGAAGUUUCAGCUGACUUUUAUACUCAAAAUAAUCAGUUGCCGUUGUUGAUUCAAGGAGGUCUUCUAUACUAUUUUUCUGGGUUUUUGAAAGCAAUUUUUGAGCCAUGAAUUUUGCUGUUUCGGCUGUGAUAAGUGGCUGAGCUCCUCUUUAGUUUUCAAUCUUUAUUUGGUCUUAAUUUCUUCUCCUGUGUUGUUUCGAGAUUAUAAAAAAUGGUGCAGUACAACUUUAAGAAGAUUACGGUGGUUCCCAAUGGGAAGGACUUUGUCGAUAUCAUUCUGUCUCGCACACAGCGUCAAACUCCUACUGUUGUCCACAAAGGAUAUGCUAUCUCUCGUAUACGUCAAUUUUACAUGCGCAAAGUGAAGUAUACACAGCAGAAUUUCUAUGACAAACUCUCCACCAUUAUUGAUGAGUUCCCCAGGCUUGACGAUAUCCAUCCUUUCUAUGGGGACCUUCUUCAUGUGCUCUACAACAAAGAUCAUUACAAGCUUGCCCUUGGCCAAAUUAAUACUGCUAGAAAUUUGAUUUCAAAAAUUGCUAAAGAUUAUGUGAAAUUGUUGAAGUAUGGCGACUCACUCUAUCGCUGCAAAUCCCUGAAGGUUGCUGCUCUUGGGCGUAUGUGCACUGUUAUAAAGCGCAUUGGCCCAAGUUUAGCGUAUUUAGAACAGAUUAGGCAGCACAUGGCAAGACUUCCCUCAAUUGAUCCCAAUACUAGGACAAUCUUGAUUUGUGGGUAUCCAAAUGUUGGAAAGAGCUCAUUCAUCAACAAAAUUACAAGAGCAGAUGUGGAUGUCCAGCCUUAUGCUUUCACUACGAAGUCCUUGUUUGUCGGUCAUACUGACUACAAAUAUCUGAGGUAUCAAGUGAUCGACACUCCUGGUAUUCUGGAUAGGCCAUUUGAGGAUCGUAAUAUCAUUGAGAUGUGCAGUAUUACAGCUCUAGCACAUCUGAGGGCUGCGGUGUUGUUUUUCCUUGAUAUUUCUGGGUCUUGUGGCUAUAGCAUUGCGCAGCAGGCUGCUCUUUUCCACAGCAUCAAAUCACUCUUUAUGAACAAACCCUUGAUGAUCGUGUGCAACAAAACGGACUUGCAGCCGUUAGAAGGGAUUUCUGAGGAAGACAAGAAGUUAGUCGCAGAGAUGAAAGAUGAAGCCAUGAAGACAGUGAUGGGUCAAGGUGGCGAGGCAACAGAUGAAGCAGGUGUGUUGUUAACUAUGAGCACGUUGACUGAAGAUGGCGUGAUUUCGGUGAAGAACGCAGCUUGUGAGAGGUUACUGAAUCAGAGGGUGGAAUUGAAAAUGAAGUCGAAAAAGUUGAAUGACUGCUUGAACCGCUUCCAUGUUGCUAUGCCAAAACCACGUGACCAGAAAGAGAGGCCAGCAUUCAUACCUCAGGCAGUGUUGGAAGCCAGAGCUAAGGAAGCUGAGGCAGAUGCUGAGAAACAGAAAAGGAAACUUGAGAGAGAUCUGGAGAAUGAGAACGGUGGUGCAGGUGUUUACUCUGCCAGUUUGAAGAAGCACUAUCUAUUAGCAAAUGAAGAGUGGAAGGAAGAUGUAAUGCCAGAAAUUUUAGAUGGGCACAAUGUCUAUGACUUUAUUGACCCUGAUAUCUUACAAAGGCUUGAAGAAUUGGAGAGAGAAGAAGGUCUUCGUCAUGAUGCAGAAGGGGAUGAAGAUUUUGAGAUGGACGGUGUUGAGCUUACCCCUGAAGAACAAGCAGCAUUAGCUGAAAUCAGGAAACAGAAGAGUUUGCUCAUUCAACAGCAUAGAAUUAAGAAAAGCACUGCAGAGA